AUGGCCGAAGUCCGCACCGAACUCUACGUCAGGAGAACUCUCAUUGUGCCAGCCAGUGUACCCAAGGAUGGCGAGCCGUCCAGUCGCAGAAACCUCGCCGGGUCGUUGAGAUUGUCCGUACAUGAUUACUCCGUACUCGAUGCGAACCCUGAUGGCGUCACCUUCGUCCUCACACAUGGCAAUUCUUACAACAAAUAUUUCUGGGAGCUCAUCAUCAAUCUCCUCUUGAAACGACCGGAUCUGAGGCGAUUUAUCAAGAGGUUUAUCGCCAUCGACACAGCGAACCAUGGCGAUAGCGCGGUGCUGAAUCGAGGCGUGCUGCCAGCCAAAGCAUGUUGGCACGAUGUUUCUAGGGACAUCCUCAGCACGAUAGAACAUGUUCAGGCUCAAAAGCCGGUCAUUGGACUUGGUCAUUCAUAUGGAGGAGGAGGACUGUGCCACGCAGCUAUGCUCGAGCCGACGGCCUUUCUUGCCACAAUUCUGGUAGAACCAAUUCUUUUCUCGAUGGAAGCGGAAACAAAGAUGGUUGUUCAGAUGACCUUGCGGCGCCGCGACACAUGGAAAUCAAAGGCGGAUGUCACGGCGGCAUUUCAAAAGAGCAAAGGGUUUCGAAGCUGGGACAGGCGACAGUUGCAAGUCUACUUGGAUCAUGGAAUCUAUGCAGAAGAUCCCAAUGACCCCUCGUCACCCGUGCACCUUACGACCCCCAAAGAACAGGAAGCUGCCUCCUACAUCGCAGAGCCGCAUCCGGUCAUCCUUGAGCUCAUCGAGAAGUCCAAGGGCCGAAAUCACUUCAUUUGGGGUGGUAACAGUGAGGUCGUGAAUCGCGAGAGACGGGAACAUGUCGCGCGAUUGAUAAAGCCACCCUCUACAUCGCAGGUCAUGGCGGGUGCCAAUCACGCAAUCCCAAUGUCGCGCCCUGAGCAGUUGACUGCGAUUAUAGCCGAGCUGGUGAUGCCACUACUCGGUGGCGGGAGCGUAAAGGGCAAGCUAUGA